AUGAUAGUUUCCAAGUUUUACAACUAUUAAGUGAGGAGCUUUGCCACUAAAAUGAUGGCAGGUUCUACAAAUAACAAGAAAGAUAGUGCUGGUAGAAGACUAGGUAUCAAGAAAUUUGGAGGGGCUGAAGUUCUUGAGAACGAAAUUAUCGCAAGAUAAAGAGGAUUUAAAUGGCAUCCAGGUGAUAACACUCAUUCGGGAAAAGAUCAUACAGUUCACGCAUCGGUGGAGGGAGUCUUAGGAUGGAGCAGAGAUCCUUAUGGGUUUAAAAAUAGAGCAUAUGUUCAUGUUAUUCCUCAAGAAAUUCCAAAUAGAAAGUUUCCUUCCCCACCUCCAUUUGUUUAUCACCCAGAACUCUACCCAGAAAAAGCACUUAAAAAUCCUGAGCCCACUAAUUUUGUAGUACCUAAAAGAAAGCCAAACUAAAAUAAAUUUCCUUAAAAGCUCAGUGCGAAGGUAGUUGCACCACAAGAUGUAUAAAGAGUAGAGAUAAAGGGCUUAAAUCCAGAUCUUAUUAAAUACCACUCAAAGUUUGCAUACCAGCACGAAGAUCCUCAAGAUUUGAAGCUUUUCUAGGAGAAGAUGGGAUAUUAAUUCAAAUCUAUUAUCUAGUCAAAUGGACCAUAAGACUUCAACAAUCUCUGA